ACACUUUCUAAAACAAAACGUCUUCAGUACAGCACAAACCAGCCCAGACACACACACACACCUACACGCACUGCUACUUCCCGAACCGCACGCAGCAUAAAUAUAUAUUUGUCUCUCACUUUCGAUCAACAAAACAUUUCAAUUAGUGCAGCUAUGCGCCUGUUCUAUGCGCCAGAUGGGCUGGAUUUGCAUCAAGAACCGCUGUAGAAUUGAAUGGCCAACGCAGCGAAUCGCAGUGUUUCCAAUUUCCUAAUAAAAAAAGGUAAGCCAAGAUGGGUUCGGUUUGAGGUGAUGGUGAUGGCGCAUGUCGCUGCUGUUGCCGUGUUUGCACAAGACGUAAAACUGUAAAUAAACGAAGCGGAAAGACACCAAUUCAGUCCGUAGCGGGAGCGUUAUUAGAGGCCUACCCUAUUUUUGCGUAUUAUGCAGACACAAAAAAGUCCGUCCAUUGGUGUGUUUUGUAAUGUUGUGUUUCAGUUUUGAUUGGGUUAAGUGAUGGUGCAUAAGGUUUGGAGGGUUUUUUUUUUUUUACUGUCGUGCAAAGUGAGCAAAGUGCGUGGGGAAGGUUAUGAGAAACACGUAUUUCCGCGCUCCCCUCUCGAACAACAGCAACGGUGAAGGACGUUCAAAAGAUUAAAGUUUUGUCUAAAGUGAAGAAGGAAAUAGCAGAUGAACCUAACGGUGUUGAAUAGAACCCAUACGGCAGUGUUGUGUAGUUGUUGGAGGUACCAAUUUCCCUUACUAAAACGCUAUUCCCUGCCCUUUAGCCUAAGAUGCUCAUGGUUGAAUGAACAGGGUGACUUAAAUGCGAGACAAGCGACAAACCUCGCUGCAGUUUCCGCAAUUGAAGAAACAUGGUGCUAAAGUGUACACUAUCAGUAUUGUUUUGUAGUUUAAUGUUAACGGUUGGAACGAUCCACGCUCAACUGCUGGACAAUCGGUGCUAUCUAGACGGUGGCGGAUCGGCCGUAAACUUCUUCGCUAACGAGGACAUCACGGUUGGGGCGGUGGUCGGCAGUCUGCGCGUGCUGGGCGACCCGGGCAAGGACAUUGUGCUGACGCUGCGUGAAAAGGACUCGCCCGUGUACAUUGCGCCCGGUACGAAGGAUCUGAUCGUGGCGAAACCGCUCGACAAGGAGGGACUGAUCGGACCGUCGGCCGUCUUUGUGAACGUGAUUUGUGAGCGCAAGUUUUCCGACGAAGCGGGUAUUAUCAUACCAGUCAACAUACGGGUGACGGACGUGAACGAUAAUGCACCGAUGUGGAUCGGGGCCCCGUACAAGCUGAAUCUUUCGGAAGUGACCGUGAUUGGAACGAGAAUUCUCCAAGGCAUUAGAGCGCACGAUCUGGACCAGCCGGGACCGUACUCGACCGUGGAGUACCAGACACUGCCAGGGCCGUACUCCGACUUUGUCGCCUUCGUAACACCGCUAGAAGGUACGCUGGUGCUGAAGAAGUACAUCGACUACGAAACGGUGCAAAACUUUACGGUCAAAAUACGCGCCCAAGAUCAGGGCAAACCGCCCAAGUACUCCGACACCUACGUCACGAUCCGUGUGCUCGAUUCGGACGACCAGAAUCCCAAGUUUGAUCGCGACGUUUACUACGGCCAGCUGCUCGCCGGGCCCGGUGACGUCAGCAUCACACCGGAAACGAUCCGUGCCGAGGAUCAGGAUCGGGGCAUCCGGGCCGACAUACGCUACUCGAUCGUGUCCUCGAACGGUUCGGAAGAUGAGCUGAACUUUGAGAUACACCCAACCACAGGCACGAUACGGCAGAGGCGUGCCCUACCGCCCGCCCAGGCCCACCACUCGCGCACGAUCGUCGUCAAGGCGACGCAGGUGGACAAUCCCGACCGUUACGCACUGACCACCGUCAUACUGGCGCCACCAAAGGGCAGCGAAACGUCACUAAGCGCCAUGAGCGUACAGCCACCGGUCGGUGGGGCGGAAUUCGUACGCGGCACGUUCUACGUAACGGUGCGGGAAGAUGCUGUGCCCGGCACGAAGGUGUCCCAGCUGGCCGGUGGCGGUGGCCGGGCCGACGAACCGGUCCGCUACCGUAUCGCGGGAUCGCCGCUCGCCCAGGAACAGUUUCGUGUCGGUCCGGGUGGUGAGCUAAUGCUUGCGAAGUCGCUCAACUAUCGCCGCACCUCGCAGUACACGUUUGCGAUCGAAUCGAGCCUGCCGGGGGGCGAACGCAACACCAGCACCACGGUCGUGGUGGACGUGCUGCCCGCCAACAUGUGGGAGCCACGGUUCCGCAAGCCGUUCUAUUCGUUCGCGAUCGAAAAUCCGCUGCACGCCCAGCAGCUGCCGAUGCUGGUCGGUCGCAUCGAGGCGGCCGACGGCGACCGGACGGACGAGCUGUCGUUCGUGCUGAAGGGCAACUACAGCAACCUGUUCCGGGUCGACCCGUACGGCAACCUGUGGCUGGUGUCGAACCGUACCGAUCUGCCGCUAGCGAUGCGGCUGCUCGCCACCGUCACCGACUCGGGGACGCCCCAGAAGUCGGCCACCGUACCGGUGGUGGUGAAGCUGAAGCCCGAGACGGCUUCCCUCACCUCCAACCUGCUCGUGGUGAACAUUGUCGUGGCGUGCGUGCUGGGCGUGCUGCUGCUCGGUGGCUUGGUGCGGUGCGCUUAUCGGCGCCGCAAGCGAAAGGUCUCGUCGGCCGACCAGAUCGGGGGCCAUGGUGCGGGCGGCCAUGGUGCGAUACCACCGCUCAAGCAUGGCGUUGAUUCCAGCCGCUUUCUGCUGCAACGGCCCGACCAGCGGAUGCUGGAACGGACGGGCAUGCAUGCGGGCGGGCGUCUCGCGGCGGACUGUGCCGCUUCCUCCACGCUGGGAAGCGAUAAUCAGGACUUUUUGGAGCACGAGGGAGCAGAAAACCCAAGACGAACGCAAAUACACAACACCCGAGCGCUCGACCGGGAGGAACUGGCCGGGCAGAAUCUAAACCACCUACUGCUGCAGUGGCAGGAAAAGUACGACGAGAAGAACAACGGCACGGAGGAUAUGUCGAUCGAUGACAAGCUGAUCGUGUACUUCUAAGCCCCAAAACAAAGAGACCAAAGUUUCGCCAGCACCAAACUCAACGAUUCUAACAACUGCAACAUUAGACUGAAAGCUGUGCUUUUGAAAUUACGCUACCUAUUUGUAGCAUGCAACCUUGUACACGAACACGAACGCACCCGUUUUUGAACGAAGUCUGGAAGAUUUGCCUUGCCAACAUCUGUUUGUUUGUCCGCGUUUUUGCGCGGCACUUUUCGUCUUUAUUUAUUUUACUCUUAUAGCGAUCGCGCGAUGAUCGUGCACCCAGUUCUGCUCCACUCUAGGGCAAUAAAGCAAACCGUACGUAGCUAGUGGUACUUUGUAC